AUGGAGCCACCUCCACCGUCAUAUAAUGAAGCUGUUACGAAUUCAAAUUAUUUCUCAUCAACUUCAAUAGAUCUUGAUGAUGAUUCUGAAGAACUUGGAAGUUCAGUUGAUCCCCUAAGAGACGAAGUUCAUGGAGCAGAGAGUUCGCAAUAUGAGGAAGAUGCCGAAACGAAUGCACUUUUAGAAUCAGAGGAUGUCACUCCAAGAAAUUAUAGUAGUCCUGUAACACCACCAAAUAAUGUAGGAGAAUCUCACUUCAGGACUAGUGUCAGCCCAUAUAGCUCUGGAGAAUCUCAAUUGAGAGCCAGUGGAAGUCACCAUGUCUCUGGAUCCCCUCCACAAACACCAGGGUCUCAAAACAGAGCCACUGGAAGCCAUCCUGAUUCUGGAACGCCAUUACAUAGUGGAGAAUCUCAAAACAGAACCAGUGGAAGCUUUUCUAGUUAUGGAACACCAUCUCAAACAGCAGAGUCUCAAAACAGAACCAGUGGAAGCUUUUCUGGCACUAGAGCACCAUCUCAAACAACAGAAUCUCAAUACAGAUCCAAUGGAAGCCCUGGUGGUUUUGGAAUACCAUCACAAACAGGAACCACAAGAAGCUCUUCUGAAGCACCGUCACAAAUAGCAGAAUCCCAUACAAGAACCACUGAUAGCCCUAUUGGUACUGAAACUCAGCAACAAACCAGAGAAGUCCAGUCUACACCAUCAGCACAACCAGAUCUCACUGAAUCUUCAGCACAAACUCAACCACCCCCUCCAAGUUAUGACGAAGCCUUCAUGCGUCCAGGUCAAGCAAGAAACAAUAUGCAAAUUUCAAGAAGUGCUCUAAGUGGGGCAUAUCGGGAUCCAUUGCUAGAUCCAGAACAGCCCCCACCAUCAUAUAGUGCCGUGGUUAGCUCUCAAGGCUCACGAUAUUAUCCCCCAGUCAAUGCAGGAAUUUUGAAUUCAUCCUAUGCAACACAACCAUCUACUUCAGGACCUGGAAUCAACAGGUACCCUGCAGAACGCACAUACGGAUCUGGCGCACAUGGCAGCUAUAACUAUCAGGGAUAUCAAAGAAUGCCACAUGGGUCUUAUAUACCAGUAAUCCAUAAUGCUAAUGAACAAUCAGGUUUUUCUGCUCCCUCUAUUGCUAUAUAUAAUUCCUUUCAUCCGGCAAGGCCAACCACAUCUACUGGUGUCCCUGGCAACGUACAGGGCUAUAAUACUACACCACUUGCAUAUGUGGACCCCAACUCUAUACCCCAAGAAAAAACCAAUACGUGUGGUAAAUUAUGUACUUUAUGUGUUUGUGUUGGUCUGAUAUUUAUUCCUUUGAUAAUUUAUCUCAUGCUUUUAAACUGA